AUGUUUCGAAAAGAUCUUCCUCCUAGUAGCAGAAGCUGUCACAUUCAAGCCAGUGAUAUAAUCGCUUCUGGUGAAAAGUUCGCUUGGGUUAGCAGGAGAUCUCUUCCUUGUAAAAUGGUUAAAACUGAUUUUAGUGUAUGGGCUUUUGUGAAACAAUGUAUUGGAAAGGAAUUAUCUAAAAUCACCAUGCCAAUCAUUCUUAAUGAACCGUUAAGUUUUCUACAACGUAUUGCUGAAUACAUGGAAUAUUCCGAAUUACUAGAUAAAGCAGUUGGAGAGAAAGAUCCCAUUAAACGUAUGGAGCUUGUAUCCGCAUUCGCCGUAUCUAGUAUGUCAUCGAAUGCUGGUCGUAUUGGUAAACCAUUCAAUCCAUUGUUAGGUGAAACUUACGAAUUACACUAUAGGAAUUUUGUAUUCGUUGCAGAACAAGUGUCUCAUCAUCCACCAAUCACAGCUUUUCAUGUUGAAUCAGAUAAUUAUAGUUUACGUGCUACUAUACAAUUUAAAUUACGUUUUUGGGGUAAAUCAGUUGACGUUCAACCGAAAGGAUUAGUUACAUUACAAUUAUACCAUUUUAAUGAAUCAUAUACAUGGCAAAAUGUCAAUUUAACAUUACAUAAUAUAUUGACUGGUAAAAUUUGGGUGGAACAUACUGGCACAUUACGCAUCACCAAUCAUUCGUUAGGAUUAUAUUGUCAGUUAGAAUUUCAUUCAUCCAAUUGGUCUGGACAUGGUUGUAAUCGUGUUACCGGUGAAUUAUAUGCUCCAUCAACAUUAGAUAAAAUGCAAGCAGUUUCAGCUUCAAAUACAUCUCAUAAUACUACUGCUAAUACUACUACUAAUACUAUCAGUAAAAAUAUAUUUAAUCAUCAUAGUAAUUCAUAUGCAUUAAAACGAAUAAUUUUUGGUAAUUGGUCUCGUGGUCUAUUCACAGUCGAACCGAAUGUUUGGAAUGAAAAGGAGGAAAUCAUUGAUCCAAAGAAAAGCAGUAAUAACAAUGAUAAUGAUGAUGCUGAUGGACAAUCAGUCAACAGCUCCGAAUCUAUUGAAUUAUUAGAUUAUGGAUUCGAAAUACCACUAACUGGGCAACGUUGUUUAUGGAUUGCUACACCGAAACCAAUUAAUUCAAAGGACUACUAUAAUUUUACACAGUACACAAUGGGUUUAAAUGAAUUAACAAUCCGUAAAUCGAAAAUAAGUAAUGAUAAUAUCACUGAUAGUCAAAAAAAUUCAAGCGUGAUCAUGUCGAAUUGUACAAAUAACCAUAGGGAAGUAAUUCCAUGUCAAAAAAAUUCAAUGUAUGAACAGUUUCUACCUCCGACAGAUUCCAGAUAUCGUCCAGAUAUACGUUUAUUUGAAAUGGGUCUUAUUGACGAAGCUGCCGUUGAAAAGUUACGUUUAGAAGAAAAACAACGUCAUAAGCGUAAGUCAUUAAAUGGUCUACGGAAAAUCUCUAAUUUCAAUUGGCCAAUCUCAAAUAAUCAUAAGUCGACUGGUAAAGAGUUAAAUCUAACUUCUACAGGUAUGAAUAGUACUACAGUGAAUAAUACAGCUAAACAAUUCUUUACAAAUAAUCCUUUUAAAAAAGCAUUUUCAUCUAAUUCAACUGGGCAUCGUUCUACACCAGCUGAUGACAAUGACAAUGAUAAGAAUUCUUGCACUUCCACUACUACUACUACAUCGGAUAUAAUGAAUCCAUUUACUAAACAAGAAGAAUGGUUAAUAACCGGUGAUUAUUGGAAAAGAGAUUGGAGUAAAUGUCCAGAUUUAUAUUGA